AUGCAAUCCAUAUAUAGUCCUCAACGUCGAAAAUAUAUAUUUAUAUCAAUUGUUUCUAUUCUUAUGAUUAUUACUAUGGCUCGAUAUUUUGUUAAUCAUAUAUUUCCUAUGGAAAUAAGUUCAUGGUAUUCACCGUUGUGCCCCUAUUCAUUCAGAAUCAAUGGUAAUUAUAUAGUUUAUGAUAAUUCCUCGUAUUAUAUCCAUCACUAUCCUGAAUUUAUCUGUCCACAAAAUUUUCGAAAUUUAGCUGAUUGGGUUUAUGGUUGGCCUCCAUAUAGAUCUGAGGAAAAAAUUGAAUAUCCCACAAGUGAAAACGAGUUAAAUAUACCAAAUCUUCGAAAUGGUAGUAUUAUUUAUGUUGGAGCUAGAGUCGACAGUAUUUCAUCUUUUUUCUCAAAUAUAUAUCCAUAUUUAACGAAUAAGUUUGUACUAAUCACUGGUGAAGGUGAUCAUCCGAUGCCAGGCCAAUUUCUUCAUUAUCUUGAAGAAUCUGAUUCAAAAAUUACUCAUUGGUUCGGUCAAAAUGGGGAUAUCGAUGCAAAAGGAAAUGAACGUUUUACACAUAUACCAAUUGAAACAAAACCUGAAUUUUGUUUAUUUUAUAUUGCACAUUUCACAAAUUAA